GGCAAUCGAUUGGCUAAGGGGAUCGGUGACACCAGACGCCAAACUCUGGGCCUACCACGGGAGCGUAAGAGGCUAAGAAUUUCUUUCGGAGGUAUCUUUGAUCUCGCUGAACAGACACUAUGAGCAAAGCUCACCCUCCUGAGCUAAAAAAAUUUAUGGACAAGAAGUUAUCAUUGAAAUUAAAUGGUGGCAGGCAUGUCCAAGGAAUACUGCGGGGAUUUGAUCCCUUUAUGAACCUUGUGAUAGAUGAAUGUGUGGAGAUGGCAACAAGUGGGCAACAGAACAAUAUUGGAAUGGUGUCCAUAGUGGGAUGGCAGCUGAAGAAUUUUUGGUGUUUGCCAGCAAGACCCAGACUUUAAAUCCCUCUCUCUGUCCAUCACAGGACAAUAUACCAAUAUCCACUAAGUGGUAAUACGAGGCAAUAGUAUCAUCAUGUUAGAAGCCUUGGAACGAGUAUAAAGAAUGGCUGUGUUCGCCAGAGAAAUCAGCGUGCUUCUAUGUCCCCUCUCCACACCUCCUGUUUUACUACAAUAUAAAAAUCGAGUCUUGUACAUUUUCACAUUGAACUUUUGUUAAAUAAACUUUGGUAUUGGUCAAAAA